AUGCAGCCUACAAUGAGGAUCGUCGUCUCCAUGGUGCUGCUGGCGUCAGCACUCGCCAGUGCUUACCACAGCAGUGCCAAACUCCGGCGGGAUGGCGUGCUGAAUUUGUACCCGUUCCCUAGAGUCGGGCGGGCAUCAAGGAACACGUGGCAGCUACCUCUCAACGAUCUCUAUCUUGAAUACGAGCCAUCAACAAUGGAGAAGCGACAACUGUACGCGUUUCCGCGCGUCGGUCGCAGCGACUCGUCGCUGUCGCGUGUCGACUCUCACGAGUUCCAGCCCACAGCCGUGCGGCGCACUGACAGUCCUGGCAUGUGGUUCGGACCCCGGCUCGGAAGGUCCUUCAAGAGUGAUGAGGAUGCAGAAUUCACAGUGCAAAACGAAAACAACGACCAUAGCGAGCCUGAACAGACAGAACCCGUGCACGAGGAGCGGAGGAAGAGGCAAACCUUGAACUAA